AUGAAGGAAAGGCCUGCAAAGUCAGAGCUGAAGGAAAGGCCUGCAAAGUCAGAGCUGAAGGAAAGGUUUGUAGGGUCAGAGAUGAAGGAAAGGCCUGGAAGGUCAGAGGUGAAGGAAAGGCCUGGAGGGUCAGAGAUGAAGGAAAGGUCUGGGGAGGUGAAGGAAAGGUUUGGAGGGUCAGAGGUGAAGGAUAAUAGGCCUGGAAAGUCAGAGCUGAAGGAAAGGCCUGGAAAGUCAGAGCUGAAGGAAAGGCCUGCAAAGUCAGAGCUGAAGGAAAGGUCUGGAGGGUCAGAGGUGAAGGAAAGGUCCGGAGGGUCAGAGGUGAAGGAAAGGUCCGGAGGGUCAGAGGUGAAGGAUAAUAGGCCUGGAAAGUCAGAGCUGAAGGAAAGGCCUGGAAAGUCAGAGCUGAAGGAAAGGCCUGCAAAGUCAGAGCUGAAGGAAAGGUCUGGAGGGUCAGAGGUGAAGGAAAGGUCCGGAGGGUCAGAGGUGAAGGAAAGGUCCGGAGGGUCAGAGGUGAAGAAAAGGCCUGAAGGGUCAGACAUGAUGGAAAGACCUGGACGGUAA